AUGCCUUCUCAUAGAGAUCACGAGCGCCGUCCACGUCGAGACCACUCGCGUUCCAGAGACAGAAGAGACCGCUCGCCCACCCCGGAAAGUGGCAACGACCUCCCACAAGGCAUCGCACCCAUAUCGGAGUCCGACUACUUUUUGAAAAACACAGAGUUUAGAAUAUGGCUAAAGGAGGAGAAAAACAAGUACUUUGACGAGCUCUCGAGUGAGAAAGCUAGGAGCUACUUUCGAAAGUUUGUCAAGGCAUGGAACAGAGCGAAAUUACCGAAGUCCCUAUACUCCGAGGCCUCAUCCCACAUAUCAUCGGCAGCCAACCAAACAGCUUACAAAUGGUCGUUCGCAUCCAAGGGCUCAAGUGUGGAUGCAGGAACCCUGAAAGCCGUUCGAGAAGAAGUUGAUUCUGCGACCUACCGACGUGCUACUAGUUCAUCCAAUACCGGUGGAAGUCGGAGCCGCGUUCAUGGCCCAACUCUCCCUUCUGCGUCAGAUCGGGUCCUCGCCCGGGAAGCUGCAUCAGAAUAUCAAGCAGCGGAACAUAACGUGAAGCGCAAACGAGAUCGCGCGGAGGCGAAGGAGCGCAUCGAGGACAUGGUGGGGCCGAAAGAGGUCGGCAAGGAGGGUAUGCUGGAAAAGAAACGCGCCAAGAGAGAGGAUGACCGUGCAUUUAGGGAGAAAGGUGAUGACGGCUUUGAAGCCGACGAGUCGACCCUCCUUGGUGGUGGGGAUAGUUUCAAGGACCACAUUGCUCGGCGAGAUGCAGCACGGAAACGAUUCGAGGAGAAGCGUGGUGCAGGGAGAGAAGACAAAACUGCUGUUGUUCGCGAACGUGCUGCGGCCUUGCGAGAGAAGGACAAGGCUACAAUGGACAUGUUCCAACAGCUGGCAAAGCAGAGAUUUGGUUAG